AACACUCUGCUAAGGUUCUGCCAGCCCAAUCGAACAUGUUCGAAGUUGUGAGAACGUUUUGUACAAAAAUAUAUUUAAGCGACUCGCAAAACGCGCUCUUUGUUGCUGCACGAUUUCACUCGCGUUGUCGUUUCAUAUAAACCCCGAAAGAUAUGGCUAGUUGACUAAGAAGUAAUUCGAUAUUAAUACAUAUUUUUUACGAAGCACAUAUAGUUUUUUUUGGGUUAAAUCGCUUUUCUGCAUGGUGAAGUCCGUUGCGUUUUGUUGUCGGAUAUAUUUUAUGUGCGGUGAGAUCCGAUGCUGUGCGUGUGUGUCGAGCUAAUUUAGAGUGAAAACAUUGCCUUUUGUUGGCGUUGCUGUUGUUGGUUGCCAUCGCCAUAGCCAUCGGCAUCCCAGCCCGCAGUAUCGAAGUAUCAGUAUCGAAAGUAUCGGCAGGCAGCCCAAGCCGAAACUAGUCGAUUGUUAAAUUCCCAAAAGCGCGGGCCCUUCUACACUUGCGUUCGUUCUCUUUCGCGGGUGCGUAUUUGUGGCCGUGAACGAGUGAGUGCAUUCGUGUGUGUGCACUCGGAAUUCCUCUUCCAUUCCAAUUGCCGCUCGCCCCCGCUUGCCCCCGCUUCCGCCCACGCAGCUCGGUUUAUAAACCAUACACAGGUCAGAUCCCACUACUAGCACCACAGAAACAACAAACAGAAGCGACAACAAAAUGGCAAUCAUACUGCAAGAAGCCCAGGAGUGGUAUCGGGACCUAAUGGACAACAAGAGCGAUCCCCGCGUUAACGACUUCUUUCUGCUGUCCUCGCCAUUGCCCACACUUGGUAUGUGCAUAUUCUAUGCCUACUUCAGCAAAUCCCUGGGGCCACGGCUGAUGGCCAAGCGGAAACCGAUGGAGCUGCGAUCAGUUUUAGUUGUAUACAACGCGAUACAAACAAUAUUUAGCGCGUGGAUCUUCUACGAGUACUUAAUGAGCGGAUGGUGGGGCCACUACAGCUUCAAGUGUCAGCCCGUUGACUACAGCACCACAGGCUUGGCCAUGCGGAUGGUCAACAUAUGCUGGUGGUACUACAUAUCCAAGUUCACAGAGUUCUUCGAUACACUCUUCUUCAUUCUGCGAAAAAAGAACGAGCACGUCUCCACACUCCACGUCAUUCAUCACGGCUGCAUGCCUUUCUCCGUCUGGAUGGGUCUCAAGUUUGCACCAGGCGGUCAUAGCACCUUCUUCGCCCUUCUCAACUCGUUCGUGCACAUUGUAAUGUAUUUCUACUACAUGAUCGCCGCCAUGGGUCCAAAGUACCAGAAGUACAUCUGGUGGAAGAAGUAUCUGACCACCUUCCAAAUGGUUCAAUUCGUGGCUAUCUUCACCCACCAGUUCCAGCUUUUGUUCCGCGAAUGUGAUUACCCCAAGGGUUUCAUGGUCUGGAUCGGCUUGCACGGCGUUAUGUUCCUGUUCCUGUUCUCCGACUUUUACAAAGCGAAAUAUCUCAACGCAGCUCGACGUCGCCGGCAGGCGGUCAAGGCCAAUGGCUAUGUCAAUGGCUUGCCUUCGAACGGGCACAGCAAGCAUCUCGGAGAGGGUGACGCCCUGGUUGCAAACGGCAGUAAUACUGGGGCUUGCAUGCCGGUGAUGGGGGACGAGUACGUCAAAAGCAACGGGCAAUCUAAUGGUGCCUACAAGGACGGCUUUUUCAAGGAGGGCGUGUUAUCCAACAACGAUGCCAUCUUUAACCCGGACAGCAGUAGUUCUAGUCUGCAUCAGCGAAAAGUCAAAUAACUGCUGAUUAGGUGUACUACGAUGAUAUUCAUUAUGUUUAUGUUAAGUGAUUAGCGUGUAACUGA